AUGGAUGUUCUGUACAAUGAUUGCGACCGUGCCCUGGAGCCAGAAUUGGCUACGCUAAUGCAGCCACACGCACUCCGAGCUUUCGAAACACCCGCCACUGCGCCAGCUUGGGCGGAGAGUGCGUUUGAUGGGAGGAGAGCGUAUGUGCGGACACUGGACGACUGCUGUAACCCUUCCUCGCUGCAGGAUCUCUGGCUGGAGAAGUCCCAGGUCGAAUGGGAAGUUGUGGACUUGAAGACCGGACAUAUGCCAUUUGUGAGCCAGCCUCGGGCUUUGGCGGAGCAUAUUAUCAAGUUCAUUGAUGGCUUUAUGGCAAAAUGGCCCCAUUGUUGGCUAUUGGGCCCUCCUUUGAAGUUUAUCAUAUGA